GGCGGCGGCGGCGACGGGGUCCCGGCGGGCUGCGGGCCGCGCGCCGCAGCCUCUAGCGAGGCGGGAGGAGCACCCCGAGGCGGCGCGGGCGGGCGGCAGCCAUGUUUGUGGCGCGCAGUAUCGCGGCGGACCACAAGGACCUCAUCCAUGAUGUCUCUUUCGACUUCCACGGCCGGCGGAUGGCGACUUGCUCCAGCGACCAGAGCGUCAAGGUCUGGGAUAAAAGUGAAAGUGGGGAAUGGCAUUGCACUGCAAGCUGGAAGACACAUAGCGGAUCUGUGUGGCGUGUGACCUGGGCCCAUCCUGAGUUUGGGCAGGUGUUGGCUUCCUGUUCUUUUGACCGAACAGCUGCUGUGUGGGAGGAAAUAGUAGGAGAGUCAAAUGAUAAGCUUCGAGGACAGAGUCACUGGGUGAAGAGGACAACUCUGGUGGAUAGCAGAACGUCUGUUACCGAUGUGAAGUUCGCUCCCAAGCAUAUGGGUCUCAUGUUAGCCACUUGUUCAGCGGACGGGAUAGUGAGGAUCUACGAGGCCCCGGAUGUGAUGAAUCUCAGCCAGUGGUCCCUGCAGCAUGAGAUCUCGUGUAAGCUGAGCUGCAGCUGCAUUUCCUGGAACCCUUCAAGCUCUCGUGCUCAUUCUCCUAUGAUUGCUGUAGGAAGUGAUGACAGUAGUCCAAACACAAUGGCCAAAGUUCAGAUUUUUGAAUACAAUGAAAACACCAGGAAAUAUGCAAAAGCUGAAACUCUUGUGACAGUCACUGAUCCUGUACAUGAUAUUGCAUUUGCUCCAAACUUGGGGAGAUCUUUCCAUAUUCUGGCAAUUGCAACCAAAGAUGUGAGGAUUUUUACAUUAAAACCUGUGAGGAAAGAACUUACUUCUUCUGGUGGGCCAACAAAAUUUGAAAUCCGUAUAGUGGCUCAGUUUGAUAACCACAAUUCUCAAGUCUGGCGAGUGAGUUGGAACAUAACAGGAACGGUGCUAGCCUCUUCGGGCGAUGAUGGCUGUGUACGAUUGUGGAAAGCUAAUUAUAUGGACAAUUGGAAGUGCACUGGUAUUUUGAAAGGUAACGGGAGCCCAGUGAACGGGAGUUCUCAGCAGGGAAACGUAAAUUCUUCCUUAGGUUCAAAUAUUCCAAAUCUUCAAAACUCGUUAAAUGGAUCGUCUGCUGGCAGGUGUUUCUUUGCCCCUGUGGAUUCCCCACGGGCUGGAUCGAGAUGGUCCAGCUACGCCCAGCUCCUUCCUCCUCCUCCUCCUGUGGUAGAGCACGCUUGCGAUGCUGACAGUGCCAGCCUCCAGUACCCUCACCCUCGCAGCCGAUAUCUUUCUCAGCCUCUUAAUCCCUUACCCGAGAAUGAAGGGGUUUAAAACACUGAUUUAACAUUUAAAGGCCUUAUUCACACGCUUGUAAAUGCUUCCACUCCUGGCUUUUAUUUUUUUUUUUUUUUCAUCUUUUAGAAGGUUUCUCUGUCUUGCAUGUAUUACAAGCUGACACGCAGCAUUUGGAAGCUACACCUGUUUGUGCGUCUGCACCAAAGGCAGCUGUUCACUGGUGGCUCAGCUGGGAUGAUCCCACACGUGUACAAGGGACUGUGAAAGUUACACAUAGUAGCUCACUUCAAAGUGCCUGUUUUGUACAUUUUGAACUGUUACUGUUGUAGUCUUAAGGUUUUUUUAUGCUUACCAUACUGAUCAAUGUGAUAGCAUAUCAUUGUACCACCGUCUUUGCCUUUGAGACAAAAUAAGAAAUGUUUUUAAUUUUACAGGCUCAUGUUGUAACUGACUAGUGUGUAAAAUAAAUUAUUCCUGUGUAUGAAGCAGCAAAACAUUAAA